AUGGAAGUAAACGCUUUGAAAGGAGCGCCAGAUGAGCGAAUCCGGGAGGUACAAGCGGCUACCACACAGGACCAAUGUAUGCAGUCCCUGUUGAGCACUAUAAAAGAUGGUUGGCCAGAAAGCAAGAAGGAUGUACAAAAUGAUCUGAAGCCAUAUUUUGAUGUGCGAGACACAUUGAGCCAUCAAAAUGGAAUUAUUCUAAAGGGAGAAAGAAUAGUUAUCCCAGCAUCACUCCGUGACACCACAAAGAAACGAUUGCACUCUGCAUAUUUGGGAUACGAUAGUAUGAUGAGACGAGCUCGAGACACCAUAUUUUGGCCCGGAAUUGCAACAGAAGUACGACAGCUAGCAGAGAACUGUGAGGCUUGCCAGCAAUACAAACCACAAAACCAGAAAGAGCCAUUAAAAGAGUACGAGGAAGGACAAGUACCUUGGAAUAAGGUUGGAAUUGACCUUUUCGAGAUCAAGGGAAGAGAUUAUCUAGCCACGGUUGACUGUUUCUCGUGUUUCAUAGAAGUUGACCACCUAAGCACUGCCACAAGUAAACAGAUAAUCAUCAAACUCAAAGGACAUUUUGCAAGAUAUAGCAUACCAAGUGAAAUGGUAACUGACUGUGGUUCACAAUUUAUUUCUUCCGAGUUCAAGACCUUCACCAAACACUGCGGAAUUAAGCAUGUAACAUCGUCACCCCUCCAUCACCAAUCGAAUGGAAAAGCGGAAACUGUGGUUAAAACUAUAAAGCUAAUGAUGAAGAAGUCACUGCGGGACAACACUGAUCAAUAUGAGGCUUUACUCGAACUGAGAAACACGCCACGCUACGCCAGGGUACUGGACAAAGCCCAGCUAAAAUGAUGUUUGGUCGAGCAACACAAUCAUUCCUACCAGCCAGUUCGAACACAAAACCAGAACGGGCGAGAAAUGCAACACAGAAGAGAGCCAGACACCGCCUUCUGUUUAAGCAAAGACCUAUGACUUUUUGUAAAAAUAGGGAGAUGUUGAUAUUUGGUUUUGAGCCCGCACUCGGGAGUCCUAGCGGGCGCGCAUGCGUAAGUUGUUGUUCUUAAAAAGCAUGGCGUGAAGGCCACCUUUUCGUAUUAAACUAGAACUUAAUUGAGCUUAAUACAGACUUGUAGUCUUUUUUAACAUCUGUGCUGCAAUCCAAAUUAUGCAUUCAAUGUCUAUACCCUGGACAUUAUGAAAGAUACUGCAAAGGUAUUAAGUGCGAAGCUCAUGGUUGUAAUAGAAGACAUCAUAGUCUGCUGCACUUGAACAAUGUGCAAUACCCAACAUUGGAAAUCGCGAAAAGAUCAAACCAAGUAGUGCCUUGUGAUGCAAGUGUACAAACGAAUGCAGCUAACGUUAGCCCAAUCGUCUACAAGACCACGACAGCGUCAGUGCCAGUCGUAGCAGUCGUCGUAUGCGGUAAAGACGGCAAGAAGAAAUCGACAUAUGCAUUAUUAGAUCAGGCAAGUGAAGCGUCGUUCAUCCAUAGCAAUUUAGCGCAACAUCUGAAUAACUGGUACGAAAGGUAUACUCUCAGUGAAAUCUUUAACUGGCUGUAAAUCAAGGCACGUGGAGAGAGUAUCUCUUAAUGUAGAGUCAGCUAGUCAUUCUUGUGGAGGAUCAAAGAUGUAGUGUAAAGAUGUCAUCAUUACCGAUACGCUAGACGCUGGAUGUCCAACUCAAGGUUGUUCCGAAACAAGAAAACAUUACUGACUGGAAGCACUUAUCGGACGUUGAAUUUCCUGACAUCGAUUGCAACGGUAUCGAGCUGCUAAUCGGGGCUGAUAAUCCAGCAGAUUCACCGAUGAGAUCAGACUUCUUCUGAAAGGGGGAUUCCGGUUGACUAAAUUUUCAAGCACAAGUAAAGAUGUACUCGCUACUCUGCCAGCAUCAGAACGAGCGAGCUCGUCAAUGAAUCUAGACUUAGAUAAGUUACCGACAGAGAGAGAUCUCGGAAUACAGUGGAAAGUUCAUGACGACGUGUUUCAAUUUAAUGUCACUAACGUAGAAACGAAACGAAACGAGGUAUGUAGGGUUCAUCGCCCUUGUGACAUUGCUUGGUAAAAUACAGCUACAAACAUUGUGGCAAUUGAAAAUGACCUGGGAUCAACAACUUCUUGAUGAAGAGCUGUAAAAAUAUGGCGAAAAUGGAAAAACGCACUUUCGCUUUUGUCUAACGUUAACGAUAUGAUACAAUUCGAACAGAUAAAGUGAAAAGAAGACAAAGUGCCAAAAGAUAUCGGAUGCGAGUGAGAAGGGAUACGGUCGUGCCUCUUAUUUCCGAAGCGAAUUCAAGGAUGGAUCAAUUGCUUGUACUCUGGCCUUUGGCAAAGCUCGUGCCGCACCUCUACGGAAAAUUCCCAUUCCUCUUUAGAACUACAAGCCGAAGUUUUGGCAGUACGUAUAAGUGAGAUGAUUCAACGCGAAGUUCAGAUUAACUUUAGUAAGAUCAUUUCUGAUUGGACAGACUCGGAAGUGGUGUUGAAGACUUGAAGUAUAUCAUGAAUGAAAAUAAACGCUUCACCGUUUUCGUUGGUAAUCGGAUAGCAGAGAUUAGAAAAAGUCAGUAUUCAGACGGAAAAGUGAUCUCAGAGAAACAUAUUUCAAACUUUUUGUGAGGGAGUUUGCCCUCACACCCUUCUUCUAGAAGGUACCAUUCUUCUAGAAGGUUCCCAUCUUCGGCGCUCGUUCGAUAAAAUCGACAGCCAGCCUGUUACUAAAACUUGUAAUCGGAUAGCAGAGAUUAGAAAAAGUCAGAAUUGGAUCAAUGGAGGUACUGCCCCGGUGAAAAAAACCCAAGUGAUGAUGCUUCACACAUCUCCCUUGCAGUUGACUACGGAUUGCCGAUGACUGAAUGGACCCUCGUUUCUGAAAGGAGCAGAAUCGGCUUGGCCUAAUACGUCGCUGGGAAAUUUAGAGGAUGAUGAGUAUUCGAGCGAGGACGACAUUCAAAGUAGCAUAUGAUAUGCAUGGUUAUCGGAAUUGAUAUUCUUAUCCUACAUCAACUACGUUAAAGGUAUUCCACUCGGAGUCUGCGAAAGAGAAAGUUGUAUGGCUAACAAGAUUCAACUUAUAUCUACAGUAUUUCUUUUUUUUUUCUGUGUUGGUGCAAUGUACUCAGGUGAAUAUGAUGCUUGUGAUGUUACGUCGUAACUCUUCGCUCUAUUUCUGCCCUCGAGUAAGAUCGGGUUCUGAAGAAUUAAGAAAUGCGGAGAACGAUAUUCUACGAUUAGUACAGCGGCGCACGUUUACGCAGACAAAUAUCAGCAUCUCAGCGAAAGUAAUAAAUGUGUGAAAUCGUCCAGCAACAUCGCUAAACUUUGCCUAUUCAUUGGUGAAGAAAGUCUCAUAAGAGUAGAAAGCAGACUGGAAGACGCACCUCUUAGCUACCAUGCAAAAUUUCCUUGUAUCAUUCCAAAGCAGCAUUGAAUAGCGGAAUUGAUUGCGCGUGAUGUUCAUUACAAUAACACUCAUAGCGGUGAAGGGGAUACACUGAAUUUACUACGACAAAGAGUGUGGAUUUGCCAUGCUCGGUCUUUGGUGAGAAAAAUCAUCAACAAGUGUUUUGUUUGUCGAAAGGGGAAUGCUCCGACUCUCAGUGAGAAAAUGUCACCUUUACCAUCAUGUCGAUUAAUGGCGUACGAACCCCCGUUUUCGUACGUUGGAGCAGAUUUGUUUGGUCCAUUGUUUGUAAAACAAGGUCGAUAAACCCGAAGAGGCGGGGAUGUAUAUUUACAUAUAUGAGUACCAGAGCGAUACACUUGGAAGUAGCACCCUCAUUGGAAACGGACUAUUUUAUUAAUGUUCUUCGACUAUUUGUUGCAACAAAUUUGCAACAAAUUUUCGUGGAGCGGACUAUGAGUUGAAGAAGACCAUUGCUAAUUGAAGUGACAAUUAACUGACCGAUAAAUUAUCUCAGAGGGGGAUAAAAUGGAUUUUUCAUCUUCCAUAUGUCCCUCAUUUGUUGGUGUAUGGGAAAGAUUAAUCAAAGAUGUUAAACGUUCGUUGAAAGCGAUCUUGCGAGGAUCAUUACCAACUGAUCAUGUCUUAUAAGUAAGAGAUUAGUUAUUAGACGAUUUUCUACAAACAGGGACCGCGGAGCCAUUUUUGUAUUAGGCGGGCUUGUGUUCUGGGACCUCCAGAGCCCCGGAAAUGCAAUCAAAUUUACCAGUUGCCGUUAAAAAGUUUAUUAAUUUCCAAUCAUUUGUUUAGUCUAACCAGAAAUAAAUUGAUUGCUUGACUAUUGUUAACUGCAUGAUCUGAAAGAUUUCAGUAUUCUUAGUUUAUAAAAAUCACAUAUGUAUGGAAAAUUAUUGAGUGGGGGCUAAAGCCGCCCUGCUCUGCGGUCCCUGAAUUAAAGCUCUCCAUUGUCUGUAGGGCUAUUUGUAGGAGAGAAAAUAAGUAGCAAAAAAUCUCGUAUAAAUGAUCAACUUCUGUUAAGCCGCGACUUAUUUUGGACUAGCAUGAAUCCCUGUUCUUAUCUUAGUCACGACUUACUUUGGUCACGAACAAUGCGUCUUAAUUAAGCUACGACAUAUUUUCUGCUGUAUAAAUGACCCAUAUGAUUUAAAUGUGCAAGAUAUUGUGUCUCCUUUGUCACUCAUGGACGAACACGUCUUUGUAGUAGGCUAAUUUCACUUUUGUUUCAAAAACACCAUUUUGUAAAACAAGUACUUUUGCCGUUUGCCGUUUGGCUUCAUAUUUUAUCGAAUUGUAAAGAUAUGGAACUCUGUAUGUAUAAAGUUGCCCCAUGUAGUAGCUUCACUAGUGUAACCUCUUACAAAACGUUCCUGAUCAAGCAUGUACUUUUCAGUACUAACUGUUUUUUAUGUAAAGGUUGGUUUCUUAACAGUACCCAUGUGGAUCUCCCCGACUACUAAGACUUGAAAUAUAGCGUGGAUAUUAUACUGUGUUCAAAAUAGUUCAUAUUUUCAACCAAUAUCGUAAAGUUUGUCAUUGAGACAUAAUUAAAAUGUGCCAUUAAAUGACUUCAGUAUUCAGACGGAAAAGUGAUCUCAGAGAAUCAUAUUUCAAACUUUUUCUGAGGGAGUGUGCCCUCGUACCCUUCUUCUAGAAGGCUCUCACCUUCGGCGCUCGUUCGAUAAAAUCGACAGACAGCGGCCUGUUACUAAAACUUGGCAUCUCCUUAAUGGCACUGAGACGCUAUACGGUUUCAUAAAAACUUGUCUACGGAUAAAGAUAUUAUUUCCACGAUUGUUGAUCCACUUGACGUUACCUUGGAAACACCAUCACGCCAAGGAUUUUUUUUCACCGUCACUAUAUGCUGAUUUGAAAACCUUUUAACGAUCGCGUGUACACUCUACAGCGUGGUAAAAGAUUCUGUAUAUAAAAAUUUGCAUGGCUGCUGCAAGUGAGGACGGCGAUAGCAGUAACUGUUGUUUCCCGGUCACAAUAUUUUGUGGUGAUCAUGAUGUUGAAGUGAAUAUUCCUUGUGAAGCCACAGCACACGAAGUGAGUGCAAUUAUUAAAGGAACGUUCGGCGUACGUGGAUCAUUCCUAUUGCAGAUUAAAAAUUAUGAUGACAGAAAAGCGUUGAGAUCUACGGAACCUCUGAAAAGUCUUUACCUACAUUGUUCCUCCACUAAGGCAGCUGUGUUGGAAAGAUACAAAGAUUUUAUUUGGGAAGUCCGAGGCUCAAGCUGUAAGUAUAUAUUGAGUAGUAUUGUUUUGAUCAAUGACAGUAACCCAUUCAUGUUUAUAAGGAUGGUAGCCCUUAGAACUGCCCUUGCAUGUUCUCAAUGCAAUGCAUGGCAGCAUUUGAGUGAGGUGGAAACGAAAAUUAAUAGACAGCUUGUUCAAGCAAGAAUUGAAUAUUUGAGUUCGGAGUCUGAAAUAUCAUGUGAAUAUAACGGUUUUAUAUAUGGCUGAAUGGAAUAAAGAAUGAUGAAUACCCAAAAAUGAAUGAAUAACUAAAGUAAUUAAGUCGAUGAGUUUGGAAACAUUUUUAAUGAAUAUCAAUAUGGUCAAUAUAACUGUUAUAAAUUCUGCUUCAUCCUCUGAAAACGACUCUGACUCCGUUCCUCCUUUAGCUGUUUUAAACGAGCAUAUCGUCAAUAAAGUAUGAGAAUAAAAACGUGUUUUAUAUUAUCGACAUUUAUAGCGCGAGUCUUAUCAUGCAGAUAUGACUUGAUAAAACUAGUUCAUUAAUAAUUCUAAGGCCAGUAAUUGUGUGUAUAGUCAUUCAAUUGAUUCAAACUACAGCUAAUCCCCGGUCAAUUGCCGUCUUCAUUUCACUGAUGAACAACAACGCCUAUUCUUUGAAAAAGUCGUUUACUUAAGCCCGCCUCUAUUAUUGCAUGGAAAAGGCGCUUUUUGGACUGGAGUUAUUGAUAACAUACAGCUUAUAGUGGAUUAACUAUUGUGUAAAUAUUGACUCGGUAACAUGUACUUUGUUUAAUUAAAUCAGUUUUCAUGUUUUAUAACCAAUUUGUUAUGGAGUUAUGGGUACCAGGCUGACACUUCGCGAGGCGCCGUUUCAGUCAAAAAAUAUGGUCAGGGGCCUCAGGGCUGCUAGCUAUAUAUAUAUACACUAAACUUUAAGACUAGAAUGCGCAUGUACAAAUAGAUUUAUUUAAUAGUAUAAAUAAAGCCUCUUUAAUAUGAUAUCAAUAAUAUGUCUCUAUUAUAGACUUUAAUAUAUCUUUAAUACAUAAAUAUUAUGUUCCUUUUAACUGUGAAAAUUUACCUGUAAUUUGUAUAUAAUGCUGGCAUUUCUGUUUACGCAUAUUACAAAUUCGCGCAAUAUACUGUGCCAUACCGCGGGGAUUAGUUUAUUUGAAUACAUCUUAAAUUGACAUUUAAACUGACAAUUAUUAGGUCAUCGUCUCUUUCGAAUGUGCAUAACGUAGUAGCUGAUAAACUGCUGUAAUAUAUUGUGUUUGCAGAUCAACGAGGAGGUGAUGCACUCUGGUAUUACCAAAGCCAAAAACUCAGGCCUGAAGAUUGGAAAAAGAUAGUAGAAAAUAGAUCGAAACCACUUGAUUUUCCUCCUUAA